AUGCCGCAGAGCAUCCUUGAGUCUUCGGUAUGGAGCCGCCGAGGUAGACGCUGCUGGGUGGAGAAGCGGGGCUGGUGGAAGAGCUACGGUGUCGCUGCGGAUGGCUCUGAACAUGUGCACCCUGUGACCCGCCCUCUGGAUGCCACCGCUGUCCUCGGGGAGCACUUGUCUGUCCCCAAGACUUUGCCCUGCGUGGCCAGCAUGGACAAGGACAGCCAGGAUGUUCACCAGGUGCUGAAUGAGCUCAAGAACAAAUUCCAGGAGAUGAGGAAGCUGAUCAGCUCCAUGCCCGGCAUCGGUGUGAGCCCAGAGCAGCAGCAGCAGCAGCUGCAGAACCUACGGGAGCAGGUCCGGACCAAAAAUGAACUGCUGCAGAAAUACAAGAGCCUUUGCAUGUUCGAAAUCCCCAAGGAGUAG